UAUAAGCCCUUUUAUUCAAAUACACAAAAUUGGAACAAUAAAUCUCACUCACACACAUUUCCACGUUCUUCCAAAGACACAACAAUGGAACCAAAACCAACCCACCUGCCUCUUUUUCUCCUCCUCCUGCUCUCCUCAGUUUCUGAGUCAGCCAUAGUCAAACCUUCGAGUUCAUCAUCUAACCCUAGCAUCAGCUUCAUCGUCUCCUCGUGCCGAGUCACACGUUACCCUAAACUCUGCGUCAAGUGCCUCUCGGCUUACGCUCCCAAGAUUCACCGCAACGAACACCGCCUGGCUCAAGCCGCCCUGGCCACGACCUUGGCACGAGCAAAGUCCACGACGGUCUUCGUCUCAAAGCUGGCUUGUGCGAGACACAUCAAACGGAGAGAGUAUUUAGCCGUGAAAGAUUGUGUAGAGAAUCUAGGAGAUGGUGUGGACCGGUUAGCAGAGUCGGCACGGGAGAUGAACCGGCUCGGACCGGGAGGCGAUAGGACGGAGUUCAUGUGGAGGAUGAGCAACGUGGAGACGUGGGUGAGUGCUGCUCUGACGGACGAGACGACGUGCCUUGAUGGGUUCGGUGGACGAGCCAUGGACGGUGUGGUGAAGGUCGCGAUUCGGAGACGUGUGGUUCAUGUGGCUCGAGUCACUAGCAAUGCCUUGGCUCUUGUUAACCGGUUCGCGGAUAGGCAUAGAUCGUCUGUUAUAGUUGAUAACAACCCUUAGGGGUUUUCUUGCGUGUCUUUUGUUCGUUUGUUUGUUUUCGGGUUUUGUUUUUUUGUUUCUUUUUGGGUUGUAAUGUUCUUGUUUUUGUGCUGUGGAUGUUAUCGCCAUGGUUUUGAUAUUAGACAACUUCUAAGACAAAGAUCUCGAUUAAGAUCGAAGCCCCA